AUGGGCUUAAUAGUUUCAAUGUUCAUUUCGAGUAACGAAGCCAAAUGGCACACGCUCUACAGAAUCGUCUGCGUCCAACUCUUCGUUCUCAGUUGUUGUAUUGCAUUGAGAAAGACCGUCAGUCGUAAGAAGAAGCCGUCGCUGAAAUAUUUGCAUGCCAUCGUCGCUACUUUCGAAGUUUCCUUCAUAUCAUACGUUGAGACGAUCAUAUACAAAAUUUCCGGCCUGAAUCCGUUCAUGAUGUCAUUCUUCCUGACGGCUAUCUUCUACCACAUAGUGGACUCCUUCGAUGAUUGGUCCAAUUGCGGUCCUCCGGUCCUUCUCAACAAUACUCUCAUUGAUCCAUUCAUUAAAGUUUUUGCACCCGAAGCUCCACCCAUUAAUGCAAUUAGGACCAAUUAUGAAGCUCCAACCACUGGUCCAAUUAAUGCAAAUCAAGAAGCGAAACACAACGUUAAGGAUUUAACAAAAGAAUCUAAUGGAGGUCAAAAAAUUUUGGAAGAUAAAAUAACUUUGAAGAACAAACUCUGGGACGUUUUCAAUCGAUGUUUGCUGGUGGUCAUCUUUCAGUACGUUCUAAGCAGCAUCAUGCACGCGAUACUAGAGUUAGAGUUUGAAGAGGAUGACGUCAAAUGUCUGACGUGCUGCAACCACGACCAUUCCAUCACUGUCUUCCUCAUCCUGCUCACGGCCGCUCUCGAAUUUUCUGCAAGUUUUGCAGUUGAAGCGCUGUUGACGCAAAGUGAACGGUUGAGGUGUGUCUCGAAAGUCACACUGGACUCCAUCUUCAAACUCAUCAUCACAUCCAUCCUCUUCCUCUUUGGAUUGCCAUUUGUAAGAAUUGAACUUUCACCUUACAUUGGACUGUUGUACAUAAGCCAGCAGAGUAGCAAGCCCACCUACCUCAUGAUGCAUUGCGUUUCCUCCUUCCUUGGUGUCAUGGCUGCCUUCCUCUGGUUUCAAAAACCCGAUUACCCACAGGACUACACUAAUUUAGAUGGUCCUGAUCACCAACAAUACUCGAAAAUGGACCAAAGUUUAAACAACUUUGAAGGAAAAGGAAUGUUCAUCGAGGAAAUGAUCCAAAUGAACAACAACAACACCAACAACAACAACGACUACAACAUCCCCACCACCUCCACCAACAAGAAAAAUCACCAACAACAGAAAUUGAAACAUAGAAGGGUCAACCAGAAGGUCAUCGACAAAUACCUGAGAGAUAUGAAGUGUGAUUGGUUGUACAGUGAACCCUACGAACACAGGUCCGCCAACAACAACACAGCGCUGAGUUGCAACAACAACAACGACGAUCCCAGCGAAACUAACAACUCUUCAGAUUCUUCCGCCAGAGUAAACAAUAUCAACAACAACAACAUCAGCAAAAAUAUUCGCAACCUCAGCAACAACAACAACAUCAUCAACAACAACAACAUCAACAACAACUUCAUCAACAAGAUAAAAAACAAACACAAUACGAACAACAACAGCAACGGCCGCACCAACAACACGAACAACAUCAACUACAUCAACAAUACUUGCAACACCAACAUCUUCAGCCACACCAGCAACAAAAUCAGCAACAGAACUUUCCACAGUAUAAGCAGACAGACGUUUGUAGAACAGAAAACCUGCGAAGGAAUAAAAAUUGCAAACAACCACCACGUUCCUAACUGGUCCAAAUUGCACGGAGCCAGCGAAAGUUCAAAUAAUGAUGAUGAUGACGACGACGACGACAACGCUAGUAAAUCGAACUUGCUAUUGCUCGAUAGCAUUCAUUGGAAGCAGCCAGGCACUCGCCACAACUAUUCAUCUCGACGUCGUUGCAGUAGCGUCAGUUCAGACGAACUACACCGCCGAGUCGCUGCCAAGAAAAAUAUUCUCAGUCCCAAACCAAAUUUGCACUUCAGAAGGUUUUCCGACACGAGUUUAGCCACGCCGCGUGUCCUUCCAGUGAAGAAACACUGUCGCGAAGCUCACAAACUAAAAUCCUCUCCGGUUUUUAGCGACGACGAUGGCCACUCGCCCGCGGUUUGCUAUCCGCAUCAGAACAAGAACAAGAACGGCCGCAUGAAUAUUUGCUUCGUCGAUGAGUUGAAGGAUUCUGAUGAAGACAGUGGCUGCUUCGAUAACACCGAUCAAAAAAAUUGUUUGAAAGAUUUCAGCAAACCUCUCAACCUGUCACGACAGCACGAUAUCCUGGCUGCAUCGGACAUCAAUUAUGUGAAGGUACUGAGAGACAACGAGCAGCUGCAGAACGUGCUGCCAAAAAUAAAGGAACAGUACAGAAAGUUACACAAAAAACAAAAAAGUCGAACAAAUGUUUCUCCGGGUUUGAAGAGUUUGUCACCAAAGAUAUUUUAUUCUAAUCUAGAAACGUCAGUUGAUGUUUUUAAAUCGUCAGAUAAGAAUUCAAGUUUGAACGGCUUCCAUCCUCCAUCUCUUGAGCGGGAGGAAAAUGUUUUGUCAAAAAGGUUUUCACGUAAAAAGUUCUCACCUAAAACAUUUUUGUCAAAAAAUUGUUCACCAAAAAAAUAUAAACCUAAGCAGCAAUUUUCAUCUUCUCGAUAUUCUCCUGAAAAGUGUAUGACCAAUGAUUAUUUUCCGCACACGAUGUCAACAAAGAAAUUUUCUUCAAAACGUUAUUCCCCAGUUUCAUGUUACUCAGAUAAGUUUUCCAACGUUCUCGAAUAUAACAACGGCUUGAAGUUUAACAGUGGAUGUCGGCAUUCAACCGCAUUCAGUAACAAGACUUGUUCCAAUUCUAAACAAGAAACAAAUAAAAAAAAUGUUGAACAAUCUCCACAAAACAUAUUUGGGGUGACCAAAAUUAAAAAUCCUAAAAAGUUUAACUAUAUGUAUUUACAUAAGAAUACCGAUGAUGAGUGCUGGAGAGGAGGCAUUUACAUGCCUAACUCUUCCCCAAACUCCGAUGUUCGUGGUUCCAACUGGGAUAUGCGUCACAGCACAAACAAUUCUUGCAGACAUAAAAAAGAAGACAGAAUGAAAAUAUCAAGCGGUCCUAAUGUGAACAUGGCUACUUACGCUAUGGACAGCAGCACUCCAUUCGAUCAAAGUACCCAACACCAUCAUCUACCUUGCUACCGCCGCCACAAAUCCAGUCCAUUGUUCCGUCAGCCCUUUCACGUCAUCUGUUCGUCAUCAUCUUCUUCCGAGCUUCAGUCAUUCUCCUCUUCGUCAGUAUCAUUGAAUGAAGAAAAUCAGGUGAAUGUGAAUAACUUUCUAGGCACACGCAGUCAGAAUUAUGGGCAAGGACGAAAUUACAACUGUUUGAAGCCAACAUCACCAGUUUGCCAUCCUUGCCAUGCCAUGAGCAGACGCGCAAACAAAAACUGUUUCAACAAAUACAUACCCACCAACAUGAACAACAGAAGGCUAGAGAAGGAACAACGUGUAGGAAACUCAACUAUGUUUAUUAACGACGAAACUUUAAUGGCGCCCACUUUCUUAAACGCGCGAAACUGCACCGCGAUGAGGUCCUCAUUGUUAGAGAGUCGCAAGGCGAAAGUAAACUUCGGUGAUCCCUGUCUCAACGACUACGGCAGGUCUCCUUAUGUCCAUUGUCAAAUUUCUUCCACUAAUUUGGGAGGCCAGGAUUGCUCCAAUGAUCAUUGUUUCUACGAUAUAUCAGAGUGA